UUAAGAUCACUAUCUCAAAACUUCUUGACAACGUUUAGGGUUUAAAUGAUGUUAGUUUGCUUUCUAUUUUCACUGCACUGAAGAUGAAUUUACAAUAUACUUUCUACAUUUUUAUAGGAUUGAUUAUCCAAUGUGUAAGCAAUGAAAGCGGAACAGGAUGGCGUACAAUUCAUUUUAACAGAACAUCAUAUUCUACAAGAUCUUUCAAAGAAAUAGUAAAUAUUCGAAAGAUUCGCAGAGCUGGUGAUCAACCAUCAGAAGGAAACUGUCAAGUGUUCAAGUGGGGUGGAAGUUCUGGUGUUCACUGGUAUGGUUGUUGUAACAAUUGUGCAAAUGAUGAUCCCAAUUAUCAUCCCUAUUGUGAUGGUGAAACUUACCAAACUGGUUCUGGCACAAGCUACUGUGAUACGUGUGGAAAAGAUCGAGGGAUAGGUGAGGCUGGUAAAUAUCAAAAUGAAUUUCAAUGCGGCGGUUGUAGUGGUCAAGAUACAAAACGAACGUUUUGUAGUAGUGGAUUAAGAAGUGUUUACAAGAUUCCUGGUCUAUGUUGGAAGCAUAUCCAGUGUUUUAAAUAUCAUUGUCAGAGGUCAUACAGAAGAAAAAAACGGGGCACCAGAAAUGUACCUGAAACCUGCUUCAAUCUACAAUGUGAAGAUGGCGAAACCAUUGGAAACUGUCCUGUUGAUUGCUGUUACAAGACCAAUCCAACUAUUUGUACAUGGGAAGAUGACAAGUGUAUAGACGAAUGCUGUGGUGAACCAUCCUGCUGUUUGCCUUCCACUGGAAACAUGUUGCAACUAGAUUUCUAUUACGGCAUCAUACUAGUUCUGAUUAUUAUCCUUGUACAGUAAUUGUAGUUGAAUAUUCUUUCUCUUUUUUUUUUCUUUGUGUUAAUGUGAAUGCAUUAUUAUAAGUAGGAUACUAGUUUUCGUUUAUUUCGUGAGGUUCCUUCAUUUAGAAAGACUCGAACCAGGUUGUAAUUACUGUUUAUAUGUAUUGCAGGUGGCACAUAUUUCCUGUUGUACUUAAUCCCUUUUUUUACAUUUAUCUUUCUUUUGAUGUAUUAUUGUAUAAUCAAUUGAUAAUUAAAGAUUAUUUAUACAUCAAUGAAAAUUGAAUACAGAAAACUAGUAGAACACGAAAAGAACAGACGUUCCACAAUGUUUGAAAUGGCAUUUUUUAAGUGUUAAUAGGUUCAAGAGAGAUCUUAAAGAACUAUAUCAAAGAGUUAAAUUCAUAUACAUAUAUUCACUAAAAUGAAACAAAGACGACGACUGACGAUCUGUAGACUUCGAACAUGAAAUUUAACAUUUCUUGCGUAAACACAUUCUUUCAAAAUUUAAAUCCUCUUUUUCUUAAAAAUUAAGGGACAGAAAACAAAUGAGCAAAGAAAACAACUCAAUGCAAAUCAGGUUAUAAAGGCUUUUGAUUAUGAUCACAUAUAAGUCAUAGAAGACACAAAAGCAGUACAUAGACUUCAUAUUGAUAUAUAAGUAUUAAUUAUAAUUGCAUCUUGUGUACUCUAUAUAUAUUUCAUGACUAUAAAAAUGUCUCAACGCGUUAUUAUUGCUAAAUGACUAAAAAUUGUUUAACAUGUUUAAGGAAUUGAAAUUCUAUCAGCUGAAGAAAAUGUCUACCGUACAAAAAAACCAAAUGAUAUAUUGAUGUGUAUUUCUUAUGUAAAUGCAAACAUUUUUAGACUAAGCAAUAUAUUUGAUUAAAACGGUGACUCCCUCCCCCGUUAUGAACCACAUACACAGACAGCGAAUAGUCCCUGCAGCAGACACUUCGUUCCCUUUGUUAAGUUAACACUUUAGAGGGUCGACAGUUAUCAAAAACACAUUUGUCAUACAUUCAUAUCAUUGACAAUCUCCGCAACGCACCAGAAUUAGUCAAUGGAUCUGAAUUCAAUCUGAUAUAUUUUAUAA